ACAUUCUUCGAUCAGACGAUGCCGAUUGUGCGGUAUCAAAGACGAUAAGAUCCAACGACCAGAAUUCCACGUACUACUUAGAACUUGCAUUGACUGCUGAACAGGCAAUUGCUGACAAAUAUGGCAAUGAUACAUCUGAUGUCCUACUAAUAAUCGCUAAUAUAGCUGCAAAGGCCUAUCAAGAACCAUCCAUUGGUAAAAACAAGAUCAAGUUGGUCGUCACAAGAUUGAUUAUAAUUCCAAAUGACCAGCUGAAUAAUUCAGGACAAGGAUUAUAUGAUAUGUCCAAGGCCAUUGGUAGAUGGGCUCGUCGUGAUAACCCUGUUUCGGACAGGGAUCCCAAGCAUUAUGACGUUAUUGCUCUUAUGAGGAAGACUCGAGGUGGAGGUCUUGCGUCGUUUAACAAUAUUUGCAGUAGAAUUGUAACCUCUGUGUUUAGUGACAACGGGAUCGGAUCAUGGACCACGCUUGCACACGAAAUUGGACAUAA